AUGGAUAAGGCAAUCCAACUCUUUAACCAAGUCGUAGCUGUGACAAGAAGAAGCCAUCAAUCUGCACCAGCAUUUGCCGAAGCUAUUGCAGUCAUCAACAAUGAGCUCUCUAACAUCGACAUGUUAUUGAAAGAAACAAGGGACGAGUGGACAGGUGUCAGUAUGCUGGUGAUGAUGAAUACUACCGAGGAUCCAUAUGUACAAACAAUGACGCCAUACACGCCUCGAGAAUUGGAGUAUUACAGGCAUAUGAUAGAAAUCAUUGUGAAAGCGCCAAACGAGACUUGGGCCAUAAGUCAGGCAGCAGCUCUACAAUUGGGACCAUCAUUGAAGAGCGGGCUCACUAUUGGUAAAACAGAAGAGCUAUUGAAUCGAUUGGAAGAAGACGGCUGGUUACGCGUUUGCAGUGAUGGCUCAUAUGCAUUGGCCCCAAGAUCUAUCGUGGAACUUGAAAGUUACCUUUGUAAAACGUUCGGCGAAAACCAUGUUCAUCAUUGUAUCAUUUGCACUGAAAUGGUGACAAGAGGAAAAAGAUGCUGCUCUUGCUCAGGCUAUAUCCACCACCAUUGCUUUGCUCAUACGGCAGGCAACCACGCAUGCUCUCACCCUUGCCAAUACGAGCCCUUUGGAUCGCCCGAAUAG